AACCAAUAAAUAAAAGCUGUCAGUCGACAGUAGCAGCAGCAGCAAUGUGGGGAAAACUGCUUUACACUGUGAGUGCUUUUAACUACCGGAAUAUGUGAAAAUACAACAUUUAACCGCGCUGUUGUUGUUAGUAUGACGAAUAAAACUACACCAAAGUUUUGGAAAAGGUUCAGAUUCCAAACCACGUCAGCUCAUCUGUCGUGGCAGCCACAGGAGUCUCUGUCUGGACACAAAGAAACCGAGGAAGAUUUAAAACAUCAGUGCCAUUCAGGUCCUCGGAAAUCCUGUGAACAAAACUCCGGAUAAUUCUGCUGCAUCGUGACCUCAGCAAGGACUCAGUUAUGUCAGUUUUCCUCUGACAGACUUUCUCACAAGAUGGACUCAGACUGCUGCCCUGUUGAUCAGUCAGCCUCUGCACCCACAGCAUCCACACUGUCUGACUCAGUCCCUGCUAAUGCAGCCUCUGAGGUUGAGGUCAGCAGUCUGACAGUAUCAGCUCCUCCAGGUUCAGAGGCAGAGGAUGUGGAUACCUACAACCCGAUUGAGCCUCCUCCGUUAGACUGGAGGUCGGACUCCUCCAGUGAAGCAGGUUCAGCAGAUGAUCUGGACGACCCCAGCCUGCCUCCCUCGGCUGACAGCCUGGACAAGACAAGUCUGGGCGAGUCAGUUUUGUCACCUUUGGACGUGAGAGAUAUUUUGAUUCCACUCGACGUGAAGCACCGGCAGCUUGUGGCGGAUAUUGCUGAGCCAGUGCAAGAUGCUGAGGUGGAACUGGAAGAAGAGGAUGAAGCAGUUGAGGUAGAGCUGAGGGCUGAUGGCUUAGAGGGUGAAGAGGAAGAGCAGGAGGAGGUGACAUUCAGAGAGACUGAGACAAACAUCAGUGAGGAAGUUGAGGUUGCUAACAGAAGAUCAAAUGAUGAAGACCACAGUCGCAUCCACACCCUGCUCAGCCAGCUCCAGCUAAUGGGUGAAGAGCCUCAUCUCAGUCACCAGACUCCUCCUCAUGGUCACUAUUCCAACCUGUCAGAGCUGGAGGCAUGUGCUCCUUCCCUGUUAACAGGCGACGGCACAGAAACCACAGGGCUUCUGUUCUCUGAAAGCCACCAGAGAGACCUGCUGGGGCUGCUGCAGUGCACUGAGAUGGGCACUACACCUGGACCCACCUGCCUCCCCCACAGAGGGGAGGUGGACGCUGUGGUGUCGGUCUCCUACAGCCAGGAGGACACUCAGAGGUUCUGGGGUCAUUAUGGGCACCAUGAACGGCAGCGACACAGGGAGGACUCCCUCACCUCCCUGCCUGAUGAUGAGUAUCCUGAGCCGGUGUGGAUGAAGCUGGGGGAGGAUCCUCCAGAGAGAGAAGCUGCUGCAGAGAGCGAGCAGAGUGCUGAUGAACAACCUUCAUAUAAAAAUGUGCCUGGUCCUUGUGACCCUGAAGACUUGUUGGAUGGAGUCAUAUUUGGUGCCAAAUAUUUGGGCUCCACUCAGAUCAAAUCAGAGAAGAACCCAUCGACUAACGCUCGCAUGGCCCAGGCUCAGGAGGCUGUGGACCGAAUAAAGGCUCCAGAAGGAGAAUCUCAGCCAAUGACAGAAGUGGAUCUUUUCAUCUCCACUCAGCGAAUCAAAGUGCUCACUGCUGACACACAGGAAGCCAUGAUGGAUCACGCUCUGCAGAUGAUCUCUUACAUAGCUGACAUUGGCGACAUCGUGGUCCUGAUGGCUCGAAGGAAGCGCAAAGGGCAAGAAGGUGAUCCAGCCUCAUCAUCCUCGGGGCCUCAGAAGAAGUGCUUAAUGAUCUGCCAUGUCUUCUCCUCUGAGGAUGCUCAGGUUAUAGCCCAGGCUAUCGGGCAGGCGUUCGGAGUGGCUUACCAGCAGUUCCUCCAGGCCAGCGGCAUCAAGGCCAGUGAUCUGAGGCCGGGCGAGUACAGUGACUACCUGGAAAGUCAGGAGCUCUACAACGGAGAUCUGGCCCACUUCUCUGACUCCCAGAACCUCCGAGAUAUCGCCAUCACCAAGGCUCCUGGAGAUAUCUUGGGACUGGCAGUGGUGGAGUCCGGCUGGGGCUCCAUCCUGCCCACGGUGGUGGUGGCCAACCUCCUUCAUGGAGGUCCGGCUGAGCGCAGUGGGGAGCUCAGCAUCGGUGACCGCAUCAUGUCCGUCAACGGCACCAGCCUGGUGGGUCUGCCCAUCACCACCUGCCAGAACAUCAUCCGGGAUUUGAAAAGCCAAAAGUAUGUGAAGCUCAGCAUAGUCCACUGUCCUCCGGUCACCAUGGCGAUUAUCAGGAGACCAGAACCCAAGUUUCAGCUGGGCUUCAGUGUGGAAGAUGGCAUUAUCUGCAGUUUGAUGCGAGGUGGUAUAGCGGAGAGAGGAGGAAUCCGUGUCGGGCAUCGUAUCAUUGAAAUCAACGGGCAGAGUGUGGUUGCAACGCCACACGACAAGAUCAUCCAGAUCCUGACAAAUGCGGUCGGAGAGAUUCACUUGAAGACGAUGCCAGCCUCAACGUAUCGACUCUUAACAGGACAAGAGCAGCCAGUGUUUCUUUGAGCACCUCCUGCUUCACAAAGACAAAAAUACUGCACAGUGUUAAAGCUACAGAAGCUUUUGCCAAACUCAGAAAAGAUUAUGCAAUUGAUCAUACAGCAUAUUUUAAGCUGUUGUCACACCACUGAAUACAACAAACUAGACUAGUUAUAUAUUUUUAAGGUGUAAAAUACAUUUGAAAUGAAAGCGUAAUUUAAAAUGACAGGGAUAGAUGAUAGUUCUCCAUUUAUAUUUAUCAGAUAUUUAACUAUUCAAAUAGUAGCUGAGAUGCUAUAAUAUAAUAGUGGUGAAUAGCAUCAUGUAUGCUCCACUUCAUGAGUCUUCCAGCCUGGUGUGUGCUGCCUGUAUGCCUGAGGUAAACAUGUUGGAAGAUGGAACCUUAUUGAAUCAGGACAAACGGUCUGCAUAUUUCAUUGUGAUGUACUUCCAGUCCCUCACAUAUGCAUACAUAUCUACGAGUGUCUGCCAGACGCUUCAGAGACGGCUAUUUACCACAGUUCUCUGGUUCAUUCGCACAUGCUUCACUGACUGUGCCUAACAUGAAGCAGAUAUCAUGCAGAAUUAAAGGUAACUGCCUUAUUUGAUAGAGAGAUGCUUAUAUUUUUAAGAAUUUCCUGUUUUGGUUGUUCAUUAAACAAAUCUGUACGAUAUCUUCUUGCUGUUAUUUAUUUAGAGCUAGUGGUUGCUGUAUAAAUUUCAGAUGUAUUUGGGUUUUUUGUACUAUUGACUUCAUAUAUAAUUAAAUAUUUGAAAACAAA